AUCUCAGAUGCUGUCUAUAGGAUGGUCUAUGAGCAGACCAAGGCCCAGUAUGAUGCAGUGAUGGCCAAGUGCGAACAGGAGCGGCCCCAGAUGGAGAGCACCAUCCGCACAGACAUGGACCAGAUCAUCACUUCGAAGGAGCACUUGGCCAGCAAGAUCCGAGCAUUCGUCCUCCCUAAAGCAGAGGUCUGUGUCCGUAAUCACGUCCAGCCCUACAUCUCCUCCAUCCUGGAGGCCCUGAUGACGCCUACAAGCCAGGGCUUUGCUGAGGUGCGGGAGGUGUUCUUCAAGGAGGUGACGGACAUGAACAUGAACGUUGUCAAUGAGGGUGGCCUGGAGAAGCUGGUAGAGUACAUGGAGAAGCUUUCCCACCUGGCCUUCCACCCCGUCAAGAUGCAGUCAUGCUAUGAGAAGAUGGACCAGCUGAAAUUGGAGGGCCUUCAGCAGCGAUUUGAUGUCUCCAGCACAUCCGUCUUCAAGCAGAGGGCCCAGAUCCACAUGAGACAGCAAAUGGACAACGCCAUGUACACGUUUGAGACACUGCUCCAUCAGGAGCUGGGGAAGCUGCAGGGCAAAGAUGACCUGUGCAAGUCCAUCCAGCGCAUCCUUGAGAGGGUGCUCAAGAAAUACGACUAUGACAGCAGCACUGUGCGGAAGAAGUUCUUCAGGGAGGCCCUGCUGCAGAUCACCAUCCCCUGCCUGCUGAAAAAGCUGGCACCAACCUGCAAGGGGGAGUUGGCCAAGUUUCAGGAGCUGAUCUUUGAGGACUUUGCCAGCUUCAUCCUGGUGGAGAACACUUACGAGGAAGUUGUGCUACAGUCGGUGAUGAAAGACAUCAUGCAAGACCUUAUUGCCUAG